AUGACCACCGAGCAGCAGGACCUCUCCCUCGAGCGGAAAGACUCGCUCCGCAAGUCGACGGACGCCAAAGUCCUGGAGGAAACCGCCCUCGGCGAGAUCGAAGAUGUCCAGCUCGACCCCGCCAAGGAGGCGAAGCUGCUCAUGAAGCUGGAUAUGGCUUUCGUGCCGAUCAUCAUGUUGACGUAUCUGUCUUGUUUUCUGGAUCGGAGUAACAUUGGAAACGUCAAAGUCGCCGGCAUGCCGAAAGACAUCGGUGCCUCGGACGGCGAGUACUCCACCGCCGUGUCCAUCUUCUACGCGACCUACGUGCUGCUAGAAGCCCCCUGGGCUGUGGCGAUGAAGAAGCUGACCCCGCGGAACAUUCUCACCGGGCUGUGUAUCAUCUGGUCUAUGACUACAGUGUUCACCGGAUUUAUUCACAACGUCGCCUCGCUGUACGCGACCCGUCUGAUCCUCGGCGCCUGCGAGGCCGGGCUCUUCCCCUGUCUGAACCUCUACCUGACGAUGGUGUAUCGUCGCGAGGAGCAGGCCAGGCGCGUCUCGUACCUGAUGAGCUGCGCGGCCAUCUCCGGAGCCGUGGGAGGCCUGCUGGCGUACGGAUUACUCCAGAUGGACGGCAUCGGCGGGAAGGCUGGUUGGAGAUGGGUCUACAUAAUCGAAGGCCUGUUCAGCCUGAUCAUCGCAAUCCUGAUCUGGUUCGGCCUCCCCAACGACCCCAGCAACGCGUACUUCCUCACCCCGGACGAGAAACACAUGAUGCGCGUGCGCAACGCCCAGCGCGCCAAAUACAUGGGCAGCGAGCACUUCAGCUGGGACGAGAUGCGCCUCGCCCUGCGCGACCCCAAGCUGCUCUUCAGCGCGCUGACCCAGUUCUGUCAGGAUAUUCUGCUCUACGGGUUCAGCACCUUCCUGCCCACUAUCCUCGAGAGCUUAGGGUAUGAUAGUCUGAUGAGCAAUGUGCUCACGGUCCCGGUGUAUAUCUGGGCGGCGGUCGUGUUUAUUGCGGUGGCCUUUGCGGCGGAUCGGUACUCGCGGUUUUCGAGCUUCAUCCUAGCCGCCAACAUCUUCGGAAUAAUCGGCUACAUCCUCCUCCUGGCCACCACUAACAACAGCGUCAAAUACUUCGCCACCUUCCUCUGCGGCAUCGCCGUGUACACCUCCGUCGGCCUGAACCUCACCUGGCUGAACGUCAACGUCGCACCGCAGUACCGUCGCGCCCUGGCCAUCGGCCUGCAGCAGACCGUCGGCAACUGCGCCGGUAUCGUCUCGGGCCAGAUCUAUCGCUCCUCGCCGUAUGUCCUCGGGAAUGCGUUCUCGCUGGGCGCGCUGGUCGUCGCGCAGGGGGUCGUUGUUGCGCAUGCGGUGUACUUGAAGCGCGAGAAUCGCGUCAAGGAGGAGAUUAUUGCCGGGGAGAGGGUGGAUGAGCGGAGAGUGAGGACGGGUGAUGGGGAGGUGGAGUUUGUGUAUCAUUAUUAGAUGAGAUUUAGGGUUACCG